AUGUCGAAUUCACAUAUGGAAUCUGCCUCUGUGAUUGGCUCCUGUGCCACCGACUCUGUCCUUCUCGAGACGCGUACUUUUUGUGUGGUCUGCGGCCGUUUUGGCUCCGACUUUGUGCUCCGCCGCUCCGGCCUGAAGUGCACCGGCUGCGUUGGCAAGGCGGCCAACAAACAAUGGGUGCGGCUCCAACACCGGCAGGCGAACGAACUCCUCUCGCAGGCCACGCGGGCGCGGCUGCCCAGCGGGACUUUGAUAGUGCCUUCGCCGAUUGGGGAUCACCGACCGUGGGCGAGUUCGAGCGGUGUGGACAGCGAGGAGCUCGACUCCAUUCCGCCCGAUCCAACCAACACACACACCAGCAGCAGCGAGACAAGAACGAUUCCGCCCAUACGGCCCCCACGGUCGAGAUUCGCUUCCAUUUCCCUCACAGAAAGCGGAGGGGGCAGCAGUGUCACCCAUAGACAAUCACAGCCGCAUAUUAUGGAUUAUAUUGCACAUACAGCGUGUUAUCAGGCGGCAGCAGCGGGAGUUCGAGUGACGGAUGUGUUAAGUUCAGCGAGUAAUCAAGCAGGAUCAUCCACGCCAGGAACGAAUGAGGAUAGUUGUAUGAAUGAUACCAUUAACUCCCUUACAUCUCCUCCCUUAUCACAACCAAAGCGUCGUAAAGCACCUGCUGCACCUCCAAGAAAAUCUAUACCCCAUGUACCUCAGGUAGUAGGAAAGGAUAGUGAGGUGGAACAAGUAGAAACAAAUGGGAAUGAUAAAAAGCAAGUAGAAGAUACAGUAAAGGAAGAUAAGAAAGAAGUUCAAGAUAAAAAAGAAGUUGAAAGUAAAAAAGUCAAUGAUAAGGAAAACAAGACCACCGGAAAUGCAACAGCUAUAGAUAGUGGGAAAACUCCCACAGCUUCUGCACAGAAUGUACAAAAGAAUUCUAACGGACGUACAGGAGGACCAAAAAACAAAACAAAACGUGAAAAAUUGGUUGUACCAACUAAACUUUCCGUUUUAUUAGCAGAGGAGAAGGAACCUGAAAGUAAUGAACGUAGUACGAUAGCAACAGCUACUGAUGCGCUUCCACCGUUAUUGCAAUCUGAUGCAGGCUCUGCUCAUCCUAAAACUCCACGAGCGGAUGAAUUAAUUGGAUUAUUAGAAGGUGCCUCUGAUGUGGGACACAAGGAAGGGUCUCCAGAGGCACAGCCGAGUUUCACUCCUGCACGUUCUUAUCCCGGUGAGAAUAAACGAGGAACUUCAACUCAACAACAGCAGUUACCAUCUCAUACCGUUACUGUUUCAGCUUCUACUGCGGAUCAUCAUCAUCAUCAAAGAGGAGCAUCUUAUACCUCUGCAACUACAGCAGGAUUAAACUCUGGUUUAAAUUCUCUGCGGUCUUCAGUAGAUGCAGGAAGAUCUGCAGCACCUGCCGUCUUUGCAAAGUCCAUAACACCAAGUGAUUCUGGUACGAGAAAUUCCAAACGAGUUUCAGCCACCUCAUCUGUAACACAACGUAGUAAAGGAAAAGUGCAUGAACGACCAAGACAAAAACAGCCACAACAACAGCAACAACAACAACAACAGCAGCAAAAGGAACAAGAACGUCAACAACAACAACAAUCGCAACCGCAACAAUCUAUUUAUGUUGAUCCAGCCAAUAGACAAUUUGGACGUAGUGAACAAACAUCGGGUGGGCCUGUAGUUUCUUCACCUUCGUCAGGAUCAUCUUCUUCUUCCUCUUCCUCUUCCUCACCGUCGCCAUCUUGUUCUUCUUUGCCAUCAUCUAAUGCAGAAGGUUCACGGACUCAAGAAAUACUUACGGACGAGCCAACAGCUUAUCACAGGUUAUCUACCCCUAUGGAUAACGCAAAGUCACCAUUAUCUGUUAAUAUUGAUCGUUUGUAUGUAGUAGUAGAGGGACCAUCUAUCAUGUCACCGGAUGAAUCACCUUCUACAAAAGGACGUCGUUGUUCUGCUUCUUCUAGUACGAGUGCAACACAUGCACUUGUUCCUGUUCCCGUUCCUUCUGCACCAGGAAGUAAAUUUACCGUUACACGAUAUUUCUCAACACAUCAACGUCAAGAAAGUUGUGGUUCACUUAUUACACCUCGAAAUGGCUAUGAUCACCGCUUUACUGGUAAUUCUAGUAAUUCUACUACUACUGGUACUCCUAAUAAUAGUACCAAUAAUUAUAGUGGUGUUGUGGCUGGUGCGGAAUCCACAACACAACGUAUGGUAUCUCGAAGACGUAAUGUAGUUCCUCCUGAAGGGAUUGAGGCGAAAAAACUUGCUUUUACACUUAUUGUUCGUGAUCGUGAUACAAAAACGGAUUUGUAUUCACUUGAACGUCGUUAUUUUGUAGAUUUGGCUCCAACUUUUCAUGAAUUAAAAUCAAUAAUGCAUUCAUUACCUCGACCUCCCUCUCGUCGUAUUCCAAGUACACGAUAUGUAACGGAAAGUUUUAUUGCUGAACGUCGAGAAGAAUGUCAGGUAUUUUUAGAUGCUGUUGUGCAAAAUCAUUUUUUAGUACGUCAUCCAAAGGUUGUACAAUUACUAAGGUUGGAACCAUAUUUACUCUCAGGGAGUGCAUCGAAAGAACACCCUAUUCGUAGUGGAAGUAGUUUACGUAACCGAGGAGAUGCUAGAAUAUCUGUUACUUCUCUUUUUCCAGCAGGGACUGCUUCAAUGCCUGUAUCAUUACAACUUAAUGAUAAUACACUAGAAAUUCUUCGUUCUAUGUCUUCUAUGAGUCGAUUUGAUAGACAAAUUAGUACAUCUAGUUGCCUUUCUACAACAUCCUCUGUUAGUCGUCGUGGUGCGAUGGAUUCAAUAAAUCGAGAGGAUUUAGAAAGAGUACAACUUGGAAAUUUAAUUGGACGUGGAACGUUUGGUACAGUAUAUCUUGGUUUACUUCCAGGUUACUCAACGGUAGUUGCGGUAAAGGUGGUUCGAGUUAAUGAAAAUGUGGAUGAAGAUUUUCUUUAUUCUAUGCGAAAAGAGUUAGAUGUACUUCGUGCGGCACGUCAUAAAAAUAUUAUUCGUUUUCUUGGAAGCACAUAUCUUGAACAUGAACGUGAAUUACGAGUAUUUACGGAGUAUGUAGAAUGUGGUAAUAUAUCCACAAUGGUGAAAAAGUUUGGAAGCCUUCCCAUGACGGUAAUUCAAAAGUACAUGACCCAAAUUCUCCGUGGUCUACACUAUCUACAUAGCAUGGCGAUUGUCCACCGCGAUGUAAAAGGGGAGAAUAUUCUUGUAACGAAGCGGGGCCGCUGCAAACUGGCAGACUUUGGCUGUAGUGGUCCACUGCACGAAGUGGAGGGGCGAGAGGAGGUGCAGGGAUCUCCACUCUGGAUGGCGCCGGAGGUCAUUCACGGGGCGGCACCAGCGACGGCGGCAGAUGUGUGGGCCGUUGGCUGCGUGGGCAUUGAAAUGUUGAAGCGGCCGCUGUGGAAUAUCCGCGGCGAUCUCAAUCCGUACAUAUUUCUCUACCGCGUGGGGAAAAUGAACGGCCCCCCGCAUGGACUGCCGACAGAAGCGGAGGUGCAGGCGUUUAGCACGUCCCCCGAGACACAGGAGGAGUUUCAGUGCUUUAGUCUCUACCGCGAUUUUCUCUGCCAGUGCCUGCGGGUGCAGCCGGAGGAGCGGUGGAGUGCGGCGGAGCUGCUGCGGCACCCGUUUCUGCACAAACACUUCUCCAAACAUCUGCGGUGGACGCCGCCGCCGGAUGCGGGGCCGAAGGAGGAGAGCGCACGCACAACACCAACGCCGCCAAACACAGAGGCCGCAGCCACACCCUCCACAGCCACAGGAAUAACACCAGAGAAUACAACAGAGACAGAAACGACGAAUACGACAACGAAGUAA